UUAUUUUGUUCCCCCUCUUUUCUUUCACACCUCUCCUUCCACCCCCCUGUCUGCAUUCAAAGCACACGAAGCAAACACCAUUCCCCACCUAUUAUUUUAUUUUACGUUGGUUAAAGUAAACCCUAAACCCUAACCGCCACAUUGCUCUCACUUCAAUGCCCUCCCCUUUCGUGUAAAAUUCAUUCCGUAAAUGCUAGAGGAAAUGUGGUGAUUGCUUCGGUGGAUACCGCGCUUUUUUUUUUUUGGUUUAUUUUAAUCAAAUGGCGGAAUACGUGGCUUCACCGUCAUGCAUCAAGCUGCAUUUGCACCCAAGUUUUCUUAGGCAGAGAGGAUUUGUGAAUCGGAAUUCCAAUUUCAGGACGCCGCUAAGCAAGUUUUCCUAUGGGAGCUGUAAAGUGUUAUGGCUUUCAACAUGGAGAAAAUGGAAGGUUGAUAAUCCAUUUUUCUCAAAUCUGAAAGUAAGUCCCUGCUUCAUGGAAACUCCCUUGAGGUCUACUAGCGUGGGGUCAUUAGUGGAUUCUGAUAGUAUAACAGCCUCUGAUUGGGUAACUUUCGGGGAUCAAUUACUCUUGAUGACUGGUAUAUUUCUCACGUAUGUGGCUGGAGUAGUUCCUGUCCAAAAGUCCAGUUCCACAUCUCCAAAGAGCAUAGCGGACAAUGAUUCCUUUCCCCAAGGUUCAACCUCUUCUGGGAGUGCCAGGACAAACAGUGAUCAAAAUAAUUUGAAGCCUGUCUGGGAUGUAGUAAGAGGAAAAAUUUUAGAUUCUCUAGAUGUCAUUGAAAGUGAGAAUGAUUUCAGAAAUGUAGUCUUUGAUGAGCAGCAACGCGCAAAACGACCCUUGAGUUUGUACGCUUUAUCUGAAGGUCCAAAGAUAAGAUUGCUUUGGGCUUCUCUUCAGCAACUUGAGGAAGAGGCAGGCACUGUCUCUAUUGGUUCCUUUGUAAAAAACAAUGUUGUUACUUCUGAUACCGGCAAUAUAGAUGAUUGGUUGAUAGCCUUUUCUAGAAUUAUUCAAAAUUCCUGUAAGCCAGCAUGCUUUGCUUGGCUGAAAAAGGAACUUGGACUUCAAAGCAAUAAUAUGGAACUUGUUUCUUUGAUAACUGAGAAGUUAAAUGGAGACAACACAGUUUUACAAAAUAUUACAAAGUCUGGGAAGAAAAACCUGUAUGCAGAAUUGUUGUAUUUUCUUAGAUUUGGUUCUCUAAGGAAAGGUUGUUGUUACGACCAAAGCUUGUUUACUUUAUAUGGGGAUUCCAUAUUGGAAGAUCUGGUGAUAACUAUAGCAGAUGGGAUAGCAAGCACUUAUUUGGACCUUAUUUCUGUUGAUGGCAAUUUGUCUGAUGAAGUGAAUGAUCUGGGUUUAGCCAUCUGUAAUUUAUCUACUCGUGCACUCCAAAGGUUGCGUAAUGAGGUGGCUUUAAACCAGUGGUUGUAUCAAAAUCUGGAGGCUAUUGUGUCAAUGUAUGAGGAUCGCUUUGACCUCUACACACUUAAGAGCCAACUCAUUGAGGAAAAAAGUAGUGAUUAUGCUGAAACUUCUAGUUGGUGGAAGAAGCUUAUGCUAAGAGAAAACGAAAGUGUGCUUACUUCAUUGCAAUAUGUUGUGAUAAGCCAUUUCUCUAUGUCUGUAAAACGCACCAAGGAAUUAAGAGCCUUGGUAGGGUGGAGGUACUAUUUCAGCUUGUUCCUCGAGUUCUCUGACAUUAGCUUGCCUAUGGUUAGAGUUGUCAUCGACAAAGUUAGCAAUGCAAUCUCAUUUUUUCUAGUUUGCUUGAUUGGGAGGUCAUUAGGACUCAUAUAUACGGGAAUUAGGCAGUCCCUUAGAUGGAAGUGAGAUGUAAACGGGAAGGUCAUGAAUAUCACUUGGCAUCAAGCAUGCAUCAAAGAUAAAGCAUUUGUCCCCUGCUUCUGGUACGAAUGCUCUUUAUCUUCUCAAUAGUGUAACCCUUUAUCAAUCAUUUCUUCCUAACAUUACAUUCCUAAACCAAUGAUUUACACUUUUAAGAUAUCUAAUAUUGUUUCAGAUUUGAAUAUCAUACUCAUAGUUAUUUCUUUUAUUUCCAACCUACAAACAUAUAUUCCCUUUGUGGUGUAUUUUAUACCCAAUGAAUAAUUAUGUUCAUCUCAAGAUUUAAAUAUAGAAACUUUUAGAUUUAACUUUUUUAACAAUAAAUUUAUUAUGUCGAAUGAACCACUGGUGGAGUAAGUCUUCAGGAAUAUUUUAAUUAGUUGAUAACACUGCUUCCUAGCUGAUAAUUUUGCCUCAUUGUUUGUCAAUAAUGCUCACUCACAUUGACCCCAUUAUUAUGUAUCUUUUUCUCUUUCCUUGAUUAUUAAUUUGGUCAAUAAUUGCCACUAAAAAUUUCUGUAGACGUCCAUGAUUUAAUAUUUGAAUGACCUUGAUAUGUUGCUGAAACUCUAUCUUUUAGUUUCAUGAUAAAUAACUCACUCACAUUGAUACUUAAAGAUACGAAAGACAAUAAUAAUAAAAAAUAAAGGCAGAGUGAGAUAUGGAGGUUGAGAGCUGAGCUCAAUUUGUUGACAUUAAUGAUCAGAACAGUAUGUUCUUGGAUUUGUUUCUAAAUUCCAUACUGCUUACCUUUAAGAUGUUGAAAUCAUUCCUGAUUUAUUGUCACUCAGCAAAAAGGAGCAACUAAAUAUAAGGUUUUAAAAUUUUCAAGGUCCACAGACAACAUUGACUUUUGGCAUCAUUCUUGCCUGCAUGGCAAUGGCAUCCCAUGCAGUCCCUUGAUUUAUGGUUGUUUCGUUUCAUCAAUGUUUUGUUUGAUUAUUUUCAUCUUAAUUUCCUACAUUUACUCACUUACUCUUUGAUUUAAUCAAUCUUGCAAAUUUAUGAUCAACAUGACAUCUGAAUAUCCUUCCAUGCUUAUGUAAAAUAUUCCUUAGCUUUCUAUCUAUACUUUUAACCAAUAGCAAAUACGAUCUGUUUUUAUUUUUUCAUGUAGGGUUCAUUAAAGUAGAAAUAAGGGAAUAGCCUCAAAGGGUAUUAAAUCUCACAUCAAUUGUAUAUUGUAGUUGGCUCAAAACAAGUAAACAUUGCCCCUUUCCGUUCUCUCCUCUUAAUUCCAUUAAGAAAACAUUAAAAACAAAAAUUAAAGUAUUAAACAAAGAAUAUUUGGAUUCAAACAUUCACCCUUUGUUUUGCUUUCCACCUGACUGGUGUAGCCCCUUUUCACUUUUCUUUUUGUUGUUUCAGAUCAGCACUACUUUGAACGCCUUUGCCAUCACUCUCUUUUAAGACUACAGGAGAAUAUACUUGAGAUGAGCAAACCCCGAAAAAGUAUGGUAUGGAUACAAAACGGAUGUGUAGUUUUAUUAUUUUGUUUAUUAAGUUUAUUUUUGAUCGAGUUGAUAAAAAAAAUACAAAACAUAACUAUAACAAUUAAAAAUGUUUCCAUAAAAAUAAUUAAAAAUAUAUUUAUAAUUUAUUACUAA